AUGUCUUCCCUGAAAGAUCUCACCACCAACUUUUCCAAACUUGACAAGUUUGGUGGAGUUGAUUUCUGCCGUUGGCAAAAGAAAAUACACUUCCUCCUGACAACACUAAAGGUUGUGUAUGUGAUUUCCACCGCUCGUCCACCGGAGGCCAAUGAAGUCGAAGAGGAACCAUUGGAAAGCACAAGGGAAAGGAUGAAAUGGGAUAAUGAUGACUACAUCUGCCGAGGCUAUAUAUUGAAUGGAAUGUCGGAUGCUUUAUUCGAUAUUUAUCAACAUGUGGAGACCGCUAAGGAACUGUGGGAUACUCUGGAGAACAAGUACAUGUCUGAAGAUGCCUUUAGUAAGAAAUUUCUUGUCUCACAAUUUAAUAAUUAUAAGAUGGUAGAAGGUCGGUCAAUCAUGGAUCAAUUUCAUGAAAUUCAACGUAUUGUAAGCCGUUUCGUCCAACACAAAAUUCUGAUGGAUGAAACUUUUAUAGUGUCUUCUAUUAUUGAUAAACUACCCUCGUCAUGGAAAGACUCCAAAUGGAGUCUUAAACACAAAAAGGAGGACAUGUCCCUAGAAGAACUUGUCAAUCAUCUUCGUGUAGAACAAGAGUUCCGCAUGCAGGAUGAAUCCAAGGAGCCUAGCACUCAAGAUGGCAAGAUUAAUGUUGUUGAACAUGGGGAGUCCUCCAAACCACACAAAGGACAAUAUAACGAUAAGAAGAGGCCUUAUGAUGAUGGCAAAAAGAAGAAGGGGUUCCAAG